AAAAAUUCUACUUUACCGACCGGUUUAGCUGUCAACAAAACCAAACCGACAUUUCUCUUUUUCAACAAGAAACCUCCAUAAGCAGGAGAAAUGGCAAAAACUAAAGGUGAUAAAAAAGGGAAAUCAGCCAUCAAUGAGGUUGUCACCCGCGAAUACACGAUAAACCUUCACAAAAGACUCCAUGGCAUUGGUUUUAAAAAGAGGGCCCCACGAGCCAUCAAAGAAGUCCGUAAGUUUGCCGUUAAACAAAUGGGAACACCUGAUGUCAGGAUUGAUACUCGUUUGAAUAAACAAUUAUGGUCCAAAGGAAUCAGGAAUGUUCCUUUCCGUAUUAGAGUUAGGUUGUCUAGAAGGAGAAACGAUGAUGAAGACUCCGCAAAUAAACUUUUUACGUUGGUGACUUAUGUACCCGUUGCUACUUUUAAGAGUUUGCAAACGGAAAAUGUUGACGCCAGUCAGGAAUAAAUAAAACGUUGGAUUAUUUAAUAAUAAAA